GAGAAAAGAGAGAAAAAGAAAAGACCGAACAAGACAUCUUAAUAGUGUCUGCUGCUGCUUCUUCUUCUUCCUUUCAUCGCUCACCAUUUUUCGAUUUUCAUCUUAUUAAUCAUCUUAACAAACCAGAACCUAAUCGAAAUAUCUUCUGGUUAUCUCUUUGAUAAAUCUACUACAAAGAAAAUAAGGAUUACGUUAUCUUAAAACUCAAAUUUUCAGUUUGUGAAUCCGAAUAAAUUCAUUUUCAUACAUUAUCAUCGGAUAUCGUGAAUGUAAAAACAUUUCGGAUCGUUAUCAAAAUCGAAGUUUAAGAGAGGCGAUUCAAUCAGUUUUUCGUUCAGAUUGUUUGUUUCUCAUAGUUUCGGUUAGGAUCUAAGAUUUAAGGCGUUUCUGGGAAUUUAAUAGGGUCUGGAUUUGCAUGGGUAGACGAUGCCAGAGCUGAGAAGUGGAGCUAGACAAGCUCGUUUAAGAUCCAAACGGCUUGAUGAUCCUCAGCCUUCUGCCCAACCAUUUGAUCAAGCUGAAGACUUAGUACCACCUGCUCACAACCGCGGAAGAAGAGGUGGUAGAGGAAGGGCCGCCAAUGCUGCUGGAGUAGGAAGAGGGGCUGCCACAAGACAAGCUGGUGCUGGUAGAGGAAGGGGCACUAGGUUGACAGAUUUGAACCCGGAGCUUCCCCGUGUAGGUCUACCUGGACCUGUUAUUGGAGUUCCCGAAGAACCUGAUCUAAACCGAGUGGAGGGUGUUGGGGAUAGAGACCUAGUUAUGGAGGGGAGAAGUGCAGAAAAAUUGAUUGGUGUUGAAGAAGACCCAAGUACAGCUCCGGUUCCUGAAAGGGUCCAGGUAGGUAGCUCCCCUGUGUAUAAGGUAGAGAGGAAGCUGGGAAAAGGUGGUUUUGGCCAAGUCUAUGUUGGCAGGAGGAUGAAUGGUGGAAGUACAGAACGUACAGGACCAGAUGCAGUUGAGGUGGCACUGAAGUUUGAGCAUCGUAGUAGCAAAGGUUGCAGUUAUGGUCCUCCUUAUGAGUGGCAGGUCUAUAACAAUCUCAAUGGGUGCUAUGGAAUUCCUUGGGUUCACCACAGCGGUCGUCAAGGAGAUUUCUACAUACUGGUGAUGGACAUUCUAGGGCCCAGUCUGUGGGAUCUGUGGAAUUCACUUGGACAGACGAUGUCGCCAAAUAUGGUGGCCUGCAUCGCUGUUGAGGCAAUAUCAAUCCUUGAAAAGCUCCACUUGAAGGGAUUUGUCCAUGGAGAUGUGAAGCCAGAGAAUUUUCUUCUUGGUCAGCCCGGAACUGCUGAUGAAAAAAAGCUAUUUUUAAUCGACCUUGGUUUAGCGUCUAAGUGGAAGGAUACAUCAUCUGGCGAACAUGUUGACUAUGACCAGAGGCCAGACAUCUUCAGGGGAACAAUCAGAUAUGCCAGUGUUCAUGCGCAUUUGGGAAGAACAGGAAGCAGAAGAGAUGAUCUUGAAUCUCUUGCAUACACAUUGGUGUUUCUCAUCAAAGGAAGGUUACCAUGGCAGGGUUAUCAGGGAGACAAUAAGAGUUUUCUCGUUUCUAAAAAAAAGAUGGCUACUUCCUCGGAGUUGUUGUGUUGUUUUUGCCCUCCUCCAUUCAAACUGUUCCUUGAGAUUGUAACGAACAUGCAAUUUGACGAGGAACCAAACUACAUGAAGCUUAUUGCCCUAUUUGACAGCCUUAUAGAACCUUGCACACCUUUGAGGCCGAUUCGAAUUGAUGGAGCCCUGAAGGUUGGGCAGAAGCGAGGCAGGCUACUUAUGAAUCUGGAAGAGGAUGAGCAACCUAGAAAGAAAGUUCGCUUAGGAAGUCCAGCUACACAAUGGAUAUCAGUUUAUAAUGCACGGCGUCCCAUGAAGCAAAGGUAUCACUAUAACGUUGCGGAUACAAGGCUCCGGCAACACGUAGAUAAGGGUAAUGAGGAUGGUUUGUAUAUCAGUUGUGUGGCAUCUCAGGCAAAUCUUUGGGCCCUUAUAAUGGAUGCAGGAACAGGAUUCAGUUCCCAAGUUUAUGAGCUGUCCGCUAUGUUCCUUCAUAAGGAUUGGAUAAUGGAACAGUGGGAAAAAAAUUACUACAUUAGCUCAAUAGCUGGUGCACUCAAUGGGAGCUCCUUGGUUAUCAUGUCCAAAGGAACCCCUUAUACCCAACAGUCGUACAAAGUGAGUGAAUCAUUUCCUUUCAAACGGAUAAAUAAGAAAUGGAAAGAAGGCUUCCAUGUCACAUCAAUGACUACUGCUGGAAAUCGUUGGGGUGUGGUAAUGUCCAGAAAUUCUGGUUAUUCUGACCAGGUUGUGGAGCUUGAUUUUCUCUAUCCAAGUGAAGGAAUCCAUCGGCGCUGGGAGAGUGGUUACAGGAUAACCUCAGUAGCUGCGACCCCUGACCAAGCCGCCUUUAUAUUGAGUACACCAAAACGUAAAAUAAUGGACGAAACUCAAGAAACAUUGCGAACGUCUGCUUUUCCAAGUACACAUGUAAAGGAGAAGUGGUCGAAAAAUCUCUACAUUGCCUCAAUUUGUUACGGUCGAACCGUUUGUUGAUGAGCAAUGGUUGUAUAUUUGUUGAUUUCUGAUAAAAGAAAAGGUGAAGUUGUGCCUCAAAAUUGUUUGAUGAAAACUGAUAUGUUAUAAUAUAGUCAAUUGACAAUGAACAGGUGAAGUUGUGCCUCAAAAUUGUCGAAUAGUUACAAUAUUUUUUGGAAUGAAUACAAGGCUGGGAAUCAAAGUGGCUAAUGUUGGUAAUCAGUGGUACGAUAUAAGGACUACCUGUAACCGUGAAAAGAAAGCCCUACUAUGCUUAGUUGAUAUAAGACUUUUUCUUUAGGUGGUGAUUGCAUAUUGAAAUUCGCAUCACUGGGCACGGUGAAACUGAAGCUUGGCUGACAAGGGGGUUGUUUGGUGCUGGUGGCUAAGGCUGUUGGAUUUGGGAGGAAGUCUCUUAAAACGAUAGUUGAAGCUUUAGAGAUGCAUUCUAUCCUGGUCCUGGCAAGUUUGUCCCAGUAUGCCUGUAUAAAGUCAUGCUAGUUUUACUUGGCCAGAUACGGAGCCGUCUUAUAAACCAGACAUACUAGGCUAUUGCCUAGAGCCUCACAUUGUUAGGGCCCAAAAUUUUAGUUUCUCUUGGUCUUUUUUUUCUUUUUUCUUUUUUCUUUUUGGAAGCAUUAGAAUGCCGUUUGUUAUGUAGAUACAACCUUCAAUUGAGUUAAAUGCAACCCUAACUAAAUACAA